CUUUUGCCACGCUGACUUCUUGAAUUUAAAUCAGUUUUAAUCAAACUGGUAUACUCGAAAGUUGGUCUGGUUAGCAACGGAUCUCUUUGAUAAGAAGAGGACCAUUUGGAAUAGAAAAAUGUGGCGUAUGUGGUUAUUAUCCUUCCUUCUGGCCGCAACUUUAGCAAACGGCCAAGAAGCUAUCGGUGCUUGCAAGGACAUCGCAACUCUUGUAAACCGCAAUGAUACCACCGAGGAGCCAAUUAUCGACUUUCAAGGCAAUAUUACGAUCUUGGCUAUGCUGAAUGCCUCUUCCGAUGCUUGUAUUAAGAAAGCCGAAAUGCUCAAUUCCCUCAAUAACCAGUUAUGGGAUACGAGAUAUUUCCAAAUGAAUUUUGUAAUUUUGAAUUCUCUCAAAGAAGAUCAAGUUGGCGAUCGACAAAGAACUGAGUUAUUGAGACAAGCCGCCGGCAACGUAACAGUUUUGUCUAAUCUUGUUCAUAACAUUACUGGAGCGCUUAGAACUGAACGCGAUUAUAUUCUAGUCGUGAACAGAUGCGGACGCCAAAUAUUCCAAAUGAUUGAUCCUUGCAAUGUAAGCUGCUCUGAUUUGAAAACUGCGAUCUUUACCACAUUUUAUGAUAAUGUCUACCGCUUUUGCGGGGAUUGUCAGGUUCCAUACGCUACUCCGAUCGAUGCUCGCAUCCAACAGCUGAAUCCCGAUUUUUAUAAAAAUAUAGAUAACUGCGGUGUUCUAAAAUUAAAUGAAAAUGGUUCAGAACUUUUCGAUUCUGAAGAAAGAUCCAACUGGACUAAAGCUAAUAACACCUUAUCCCAAGAAGCCUCGAAAGAAAAAGAUGAUGUAGUAUCGUCUGAAACUAGUUCAGAGCAAAAUAAAAUCCAAAGAACUUCAUUGAAAAAUACUGAUGAAGUAGCACCUAUUAAAAUCCGUCUCGAUUUGCCAAACAUUCAUACCAUCAAUUAUAGACUAACUAAGCACAGUCAAAAUUCACCCGGAAAAGAGUCGCAAAGUUCUGUUAAAAAUAUCUUCAUUGAGCAAGAAAUAUCAAAGAAUGGUAAGGACCGUAUCACUGUUCGAAAAAAUGAUGAUGACUCAAUCAUUGAAACCCAAUAUUUUGACAAAAAAUCUCAUACAAAAAAAAAUUGGGAAAGUGAAGAAAACUCUGAAGAUAAGAGCUGGCGCAACAAAGAUCAUAAAACUAAGAAGUCCCAAAAUUGGGCCAAUGAAAGACAUGAAUCUAUCGAAGAAACUAUUAAUGAUAAUUUAAUAGAAUUCUCAAAUAACACUAGUGUUGAGCAUGGUUUCAAAUUAACUGAUCGUAAUGCUAUGUAUCACAUCUAUAACAAGAUGCUGCCCAAGUUGCGUAAAUUGUUAGAACAACAAAGAACCAAAUAAAUUUGAAUCUGCAUAAAUUAUUCCAUCAUUUACUUUUCCUAUAUUGCCUGGUCAUACCUAAAAUGUAAUUAGGAUAAUAAAAUUG